CGGGGGAGGAAGCUGCCUGCAGCUGAAGGCUGGCUGGGAAGAGCUGGGGCCAGGCCGGUCCGCAACCGCUGCCUCUUCCCCCAGCCCAUCUAUUUUUAAUGAGCUCCCCGGGCGUCUGCAGCGGGCAGGACGCAGAAAGGCAGGCCCAGGCUGUGGAGGCCCGAGGCCCCAGCCCUGCCCCGAGCCCUGGCCCCCCCACCCUUCUGGGCAUGAGAGGGCGGCCCCGGGGCUCUGCAGCCCCCGGGCCGGGCAGGGCUCUCCAUGCAGCUGGUGCUGAAGAUGGAUUCGAGCCCAGACAAUGACAGCUGGUUGGAGGAUCAGUGGGAGCGCUGGCUCACCCAUGACAUCAGCCUGGAGGAGUUUGAAGAUGAAGACCUUUCCGAGAUCACUGAUGAGUGUGGCAUCAGUCUGCAGUGCAAAGACACCCUGUCCUUACGGCCCCCACGCGCCGGGCUGCUGUCUGGGGGCGGCGGCGGCGGCGGCGGCGGCGGCGGGGGGAGCCGGCUGCAGGCGGAGAUGCUGCAGAUGGACCUGAUCGACGCGACGGGGGACACUCCCGGCGCGGAGGACGACGAAGAAGAGGACGAGGAGGAGCGCGCGGCGCGGCGGCCGGGAGCGGGGCCGCCCGAGGCCGAGCCCCGCCAGGAGACAGCGCCCCGCGGCCAGAGCCAGGGCCCGGGCGGCGGGGACACAUACCGGCCCAAGCGACCCACCACACUCAACCUCUUCCCGCAGGUGCCGAGGUCUCAGGACACACUGAAUAAUAAUUCUCUGGGCAAGAAGCACAGUUGGCAGGAUCGGGUGUCGAGAUCAUCCUCCCCCCUGAAGACAGGGGAGCAGACCCCUCCUCAUGAACACAUCUGCCUGAGCGAUGAGCUGCCACCCCAGAGCAGCCCCGCCACCACCAAGGAUCGAGGCACCUCCACCGACAGCCCUUGCCGCCGAAGUGCCGCCACCCAGAUGGCACCUCCCAGUGGCCCCCCUGCGGCCCCACCCGGUGGCCGGGGCCACGCGCAUCGAGACCGCAUCCACUACCAGGCGGACGUGCGGCUGGAGGCUACGGAGGAGAUCUACCUGACCCCGGUGCAGAGGCCGCCAGACCCCGCUGAGCCCACCUCCGCCUUCUUGCCGCCGGCUGAGAGCCGCAUGUCGGUCAGCUCCGAUCCAGACCCUGCCGCCUACCCCUCGACUGCAGGGCGGCCACACCCCUCCAUCAGUGAGGAGGACGAGGGCUUCGACUGCUUGUCGUCCCCAGAGCGGGCGGAGCCGCCGGCAGGAGGGUGGCGGGCGAGCCUGGGCGAGCCGCCGCCGCCUCCACGGGCCUCGCUGAGCUCGGACACCAGCGCCCUGUCCUACGACUCGGUCAAGUACACGCUGGUGGUGGAUGAGCACGCACAGCUGGAGCUGGUGAGCCUGCGGCCGUGCUUCGGCGACUACAGUGACGAGAGUGACUCGGCCACCGUCUACGACAACUGCGCCUCCGCCUCCUCCCCCUACGAGUCGGCCAUCGGGGAGGAGUACGAGGAGGCGCCCCGGCCGCGGCCCUCUGCCUGCCUCUCCGAGGACUCCACACCCGAUGAGCCUGACGUCCACUUCUCCAAGAAGUUUCUGAACGUCUUCAUGAGCGGCCGCUCUCGCUCCUCCAGUGCCGAGUCCUUCGGGCUCUUCUCCUGUGUCAUCAACGGGGAGGAGCAGGAGCAGACCCACCGGGCCAUAUUCAGGUUUGUGCCUCGACAUGAAGACGAACUUGAGCUAGAAGUGGACGAUCCUCUGCUGGUGGAGCUGCAGGCCGAGGACUACUGGUAUGAGGCCUACAACAUGCGCACAGGUGCCCGCGGCAUCUUUCCUGCCUACUACGCCAUCGAGGUCACCAAGGAGCCUGAACAUAUGGCAGCCCUGACCAAAAACAGCGACUGGGUGGACCAGUUCCGGGUGAAGUUCCUGGGCUCAGUCCAGGUUCCCUAUCACAAGGGCAAUGACGUGCUCUGUGCCGCUAUGCAAAAGAUUGCCACCACCCGCCGGCUCACCGUGCACUUUAACCCGCCCUCCAGCUGCGUCCUAGAGAUCAGCGUGCGGGGCGUGAAGAUAGGCGUCAAGGCUGAUGACUCCCAGGAGGUCAAGGGGAAUAAAUGUAGCCACUUUUUCCAGUUAAAAAACAUCUCUUUCUGCGGAUACCAUCCAAAGAACAACAAGUACUUUGGGUUCAUCACCAAGCACCCUGCUGACCACCGGUUUGCCUGCCACGUCUUUGUGUCUGAAGAAUCCACCAAAGCCCUGGCAGAAUCCGUGGGGAGAGCGUUCCAGCAGUUCUACAAGCAGUUCGUGGAGUACACCUGCCCCACAGAAGAUAUCUACCUGGAGUAGCAGCGCUGCCCCACCCUCUGCAUCCCCCGGACCCUCAGGCCGGUGCCAGGACAGCUGGCUCCUGACCAGACGUGACACUGCCUGAGGACAGGCACCCGCCACCACCAGAGGAUGGGGAAGUGGGGGGCGGUUGGCUGAGGGUGGGGAGGGUGGGGGUUAUAGGGAGAGGCAGAUGCAGUUUAUUGUAACAUAUGGGAUUAGAUUCAUCUAUGGAGGCUGGCACGGGCUGCCCGGGGAUUGGGAGGGAGCAGGGCUGGGGGUCUUCAAGCCCCUGGCUAUGAAGGGUGCCCAUCCUGGGAGCAGAGGGCCCUGUCCCAUCUUGGGCCUCACUCACUCCCCUGCCAGGGCCCCUGGGCCUUUGGCCAUUGGCUCCUGCGACUGCCCACGCCAACCCUGCCCCUAACUCCCAACCCCAACCGAGGGGUUCUGAGCUCAGGCUGAGCCCAGCCACCUACCGAGGACUUUGCAGUAAGGAAACGGCGGCAGGUGGAGGUGCGGUCCCUGUUCCCAGCCCUUUCACUCGUGUGGCCUCUGGAUGGCUCCCACCGCCAGCCUCACUGGCAUGCUGGCCCCUGGCAGGUGUGGGGCCUCACAGGGAAGGAGAGAGCCACAACGGGGCCCUGCCCCGGCAGGAAAAGGAGGCUUCCCGCCCUGGCCUGGGCCAGUCGGGGCCUCUCGGCUGCUUCAGCUGUCGCCCCAUCUUGGUCCUGUCACCCUGGCCACACCUAUUAAAGUGCCAUUUCCUGUCGGGACUGCA